GCGCCGCUCUGCCGCCGUGGCCGCCGUUGGCGCCGUUGCCUAGCGAGGGGCCGCAAACAACGGGCAGGGACCGGCCGCCGCCGCCCCGGCCGGCUCCGCCGCGGCCUGCCCGCUUCCCGGCCGCGUCCCUCACACCGGGAGCCGCGGCGGAGCUUGGCGGCACCCCCCCUCAGUCCGGCCCCCUGGAUUCCGCGGCCCCGGGCGGCUCCCGGGACCCAGACGUGACCCCGCUCCCGGCUGCUCUCAGGUUUGGAGUAAAAGGUGCACGGCGGGACACGGCGAACGUGGGAAAUGGGCUGUCCCGCUCCCCAGAUACCCCUGACAGUGCAUUUGCUCCCGCUUUCUGGCAGCCAAGAGCACACCGUGUGUCGACGCCAGAAUAGUUUCUCCACUCUGGAUGUCCAAGUUGUCAAACUAAAUGGAAUAAAAUGAUGUGCAAAACCUGUUCUCUUUGCAACCGCAAGACAGCAACUGUUCAAGCCUGUUUGUUUUCAACAAACUUGAAUUCUGGGGGCUUGGCUGACGAGUUUUGCCAGUAUGGUAAUACAGCUUUCUUAAAGGCAAUGUGUAGGAGUUAGCAAGCAGAAAGUUCAGCAAACUUUCCCUUGCACUGCGAAAACUCUUAGAAUUAGGGAUAAAAAAAGAAAAAAAAAAAAAAGAAAAAGUUGUGUUUGGGAUCCAGCGGUACCUGUGAAGAUUUUUGAAUGCUGAUGAAAGACAGCUGUAAAGAAAGGCCAUUCCUUGAUAUUUACAGUUGUGCUACUGUACAGUGCUUAUAUCAUAAGAGUGAAUAUGCAGGGAGCAGUGUAAGGAAACAAGGUUGCUAAAAUGUGCAAUUAACAAAAAAAUUACAUAUGUGCUUAAAGAUGCAGACUAAAAUCAGAGGAAUUCUGUAUGUAUGUAAUUAGAUAGACUUAAAACCACACGUCCUUUUUAAGCAGUACAACUGCAUUCUGUGUGCUUGGCAAAUUACAAAUGCUUGGCACUUCUUACAUGGAAGAGGGUUUUAAAACACCUGUUUGCAUAUACAUAUAACUUUUUGAAAAAAAAGGAUUUGUUUGGCUGAUUUAUGUUGCAUGAAUGCAGGGAUAGGAAAAUGAGAGGAUUCAUUGUAAGCAUGUGCUUUAUCAACAGUGUUUAUUAACAAGCUCUUAGGACGUUAUUGCUUCAUAUGGCUGUGUUAUGUUCAAAUAGAAAAUCAGGCAACUUUCAGACUCAAGGUUAAGUCUACUAGCUUGGAAAUUAAUAGAGGCAAAAUUAAUUUAUUAAUUGAUGUAACAGCUAUUAAUAUAGCUGCUUUCAUAUCGGGUAGUUUUCAAGAGCUUGAUGGUGCUUAUGUAUUCUUUAGGAAAUGUCAACUUUCUACUUCAGCAGGAAGUUAGUAUUUAUUAUAUAACAUGGAAAACUUUUUUUCUUAGUUGCAGACAACUGUGAAUAAGGCGAACACAGGAGUGGUAACAGAUUUCUUGUUGACUACGUGAAUACUGAGUGGGGAGCACAGGGAUGGAAUCUGGCAUGGAGGAGAUCCCAGUUAAAGUUGCAGUUCGAAUCAGACCUCUGCUUUCCAAAGAAGUACUUCAUAACCACCAAGUGUGUGUGAGAUUAGUCCCAAAUACACAACAAAUUAUCAUUGGGAAAGACCGUGUCUUCACUUUUGAUUUUGUAUUUGGCAAAAACUCAACUCAAGAAGAAGUUUUUACUGUUUGCAUUAAGCCUCUUCUAGUAUCUUUGGCUGAGGGAUACAAUGCUACAGUGUUUGCAUAUGGACAGACAGGUUCUGGGAAGACUUACACCAUUGGAGGUGGCCACAUUGCAUCAGUUGCAGAGGAUGAAAAGGGCAUAAUCCCACGGGCGAUUCAGGAAUUAUUUCAGCAUAUUUCUGAAAACCGUAACAUUGACUUCCAUGUGAAAGUAUCUUAUAUAGAGGUUUACAAGGAAGAACUUCGAGAUUUGUUGGAGUUGGAGACCUCUGUGAAAGAAUUACAUAUCCGAGAAGAUGAAAAGGGAAAUACAGUGAUUGUCGGUGCUAAGGAAUUCCAAGUAGAAUGUGCAGAUGAAGUGCUAAGCCUAUUGGAAAGUGGCAAUGCAGCUCGUCACACAGGCACAACACAAAUGAAUGAACACUCUAGUCGAUCUCACGCCAUUUUUACCAUCAGUAUUUGUCAGAAACAGUCCACAGAGUCUCAAAAAAAUACUGAUGCCGCACAGGAUUCAUCUUGGAAAUCAGUCCAGGUGAUUGCUUCAAAGUUUCAUUUUGUGGAUUUGGCAGGAUCAGAGAGGGUGACAAAGACUGGAAAUACUGGUGAACGCUUCAAAGAGUCAAUUCAGAUCAACAGUGGUCUGCUGGCCUUGGGAAAUGUCAUCAGUGCCCUUGGAGACCCCAAAAGAAAAAGUGUACAUAUUCCAUACAGGGAUGCUAAAAUCACUCGUAUUCUGAAAGACUCCCUUGGAGGAAAUGCCAAGACUGUCAUGAUAACAUGUAUAAGUCCCUCCUCAUCAGACUUCGAUGAAUCUUUAAAUUCCCUCAAAUAUGCCAACAGAGCCAAAAACAUUAGAAAUAAACCAGUUGUAAAUUACAAUCCCGAUCAAGACCGGAUUGAUGAAAUGGAACUUGAAAUCAGAUUGCUUCGAGAAGCUUUGCAGAACCAGCAAGUCGGUAAUCAGUGUACACACGACUUAAAUCAAGAAAGGACUCGUAUCAGUUCACUUGAGGAGCAGCUCACCCGGCUUCAGGUUCAAUGUUUUAGUUAUAGAAAUUGUGUAGAUGAAGCCUUCCCAUUUCUGGUUGAUCUGAAUGAUGAUGUUAGCUUAAAAAGAAGUCAGCGGGAGAGGUUGCAGAGCUGGAUCGCUAUGGUACAGGAAGUAAGGAAGGAAGCUCUCACCAUGCAGGAAACUGACAUGGGGACUGGGACUAGCCAAGAGACACAUCACAUCACAAUUCUUCAGCUAAAGAGGGAAUUAAAGAAAUGCCAGCAGGCUCUAGUUAUGGAUGAAGAAGUAUUUAGCCAGAAGGAUCAUGAACUGCAGAUACUGCAGAAUCAGAUAAAAACAUUACUACAGGAAAAUGAAGAACACCUGGAAUCUUUAAAGGAGGCUCAAGAAACACAUAGAUUACAGAAUGAGAAAAUGGUGGAACAGCAAAUGCUUAUUGAUCAGCUAAAAGAAAAAUUAGAGAAGUUUACAGAUGUGAAAACUUUGGAUUUCUCAUGUGCUUGUGGACAUGGGCCAGCUGUUGUGGCAUCUACAAGGAGGCCAUACAGUGUCCCACUCACAAAGAGUCUGCUACACUCCCUUCACCCUCCUUCAGGGACAGAGACCCGAAAGGCUUAUACCAGCCCCCCUGCCUUCUCCCUGGCCCGGGUAAUGGCAGAAUUCCGUGCUCGCAGCCAGAUGAUACUGAGCAACAUAGAAGAUCAGGAUAAAGUCCUUCACUGCCAUCUCUCUGAUCAGAGUGAUGAAGAGGAAGAAAAUACAGGCAGCAAAAAGAAAACCUCAUUUAAGCAUUCGAUAAACCGAACAUGGACACGAAAACAGGCAUCUCUGUGCUUUCUUCCUGAUUUAAGUGACAUGAAGUAUCAAACAGACAAGUCUGGUUUAGCCACCAAAUCUGCGCUACAGACUGACAGAACCACAGGUGAAGAGAUUAACAGCCUCCAGAAAAGUCACGUUUUUAACAUGCAGAAGCUAAAGAAUUCAGAGUUGAGACUCAUUGAGGCCGAGCAAAAAAUGAGAGAACUUGCACUUAAUAUCAAAAUGAAAGAGGAACUUAUUAAGGAAUUAGUAAGAACAGUGCUACUGAUCUCUUCGAGGACAUGUGUUUGUCACAUGGUGUCUGGGAUAGGAGAGAAGAUACACCACUGUGCUGGGAAUGUAAGCAUUCCCAGCACAGCAGUAGAGACGCAGGAGUCACAAGUGGAUGAGGGAAAAGGUAAGGAUGCUCAGUCUGUAAGCAGGCAAUAUUCUUUGAAGAUAACUAAACUGGAGCAAGAAUCUGAGCAGGCCAAAAUGGAGCUGGCUGAAACACAAAAGUGGCUUCAGGAGCUGGACAGUAAGGAGCUGAAAGACAUUCCUGAGAAAGCCAAGUUACAAAAAGAGUUCCGGAAGAAGAUGGAUGCAGCUAAGUUGAAAGUGCAGGCCUUGCAGAAGAAGCAGCAAGACACUAAGAGUCUGGCUUCGUUAUCUAACCAAAGUGAGAGACAAGCAACAGAACUUGAGCAGAACGUGGCUCAGAUGAAGCAUCAGCAGAUCCAGCUACAGAAGAGACUGUGUGAGGAGAGAGAAAAAAAGAAGCAACUAGAAGCAGAGAUUCAGCGGGACCAGCAACAAAUUAAAGAACUUCAACUAAAGAUGGAGCAACAACAGAAGAUCCUUAAACUUAAGGAUAAAGAGAUUGCUGCAUUUAAAAAGAAGAAAAAUAACUCGGUGGGAACUUCACAGGAGCUACAGAAAUUAGAAGAGCAAAAGAAAUGGCUGGAUGAAGAAAUUGAAAGAAUUCUCCAACAGCACCAACAGUUAGCAGAACUAGAAGAAGAUUUAAAGAAAAGAGAAGCCAUUGUAGCCAAAAAAGAAGCAUUACUGCAAGAGAAAAGUCACUUGGAAAUCAAGAAACUGAGAUCUAGCCAGGCUUUAAACAAAGAUAGUAUGAAAUUGUCUACUCGCUUAAGUGUGCUGGAUCAAGAACUGUGUGAUAAAGGUAUGCAGCUUCAGGGCAGCACCACUGAAGAUAAGACAGACAUUUUGGAAAAAAUUCAGGUUCUCCAGACGGAAAGGGAUCAGCUGCUCAUAAGAAGAAAUAGCGUGGAUGAGAAACUGAAAGAUGGUAAAGUGUUGUCAACUGAAGAAGAACAUGUCCUUUUCCAGCUGGAAGAAGGAAUUGAAGCCCUGGAGGCUGCUAUUGAUUACAAGAAUGAAAGUAUUCAGAAUCGCCAGCACUUGCUUAGGUCAUCUUCUCAGAUUCUUUCACAGAGCGAGAAUAAUGUAAUAGGAAAACUAGUUUCCCUGUCUGCUGCCGAGCUCAGAGCUAUCCUUUUCAAAUAUUUCAACAAGAUUGUUGGUCUACGUGAGUCUGAACGAAAAUUACAACUGCAGAUUGAAGAACAGGAAAUGAAGGUCAUCGACCAGGAAAACAUAAUACGUGAAUUAGAGUCUGCACUUGAACACGUCAAGUUGCAGUGUGACAGGCGGCUGACCAUACAACACAAAGAACACGAGAAAAAACUACAGUUAAUACUGCAUCAUUUCAAAGAACAAGAUAAUGAAGGUAUUGCAGAAACCUUGAAAGGGUACGAAGUAAAAGUCCAGCAACUGGAAAAAGACUUAUUUUUCUAUAAGAAAACCAGCAGAGAGCUGAAGAAAAAAUUGAAGGGCCUCUUUGGAGAGUCAUCCCAUCAAUUAUUGGCAUCCCCUAAAUGUAACAGUACUGGUGACAAGGCAUCCAGUCAAGAAGACGCAGAAGUUGCUUCUGAAGAAUUCAAGUCUACACUUAACCUUGAAACCAACAGUCAACCAGGGAAAAUAAAAGAAACAGACAGAACAAGUAUCUUAAGAGCACAGCAGAAUUCAUACAAGCUUGGAGAAGAUGUUUCUGAAUUUGGGUGCAACAAAGAGUGUUUGUCAAGCACUAGUGAUGACAAAACAGGAACCGAUGAACCUCAGGCUUCAAAAUCUCAUCCUCAGCUACCUUCUGUCAUCCAGAGAAGAGAAACCGUAACACAGUUUCAAGGAGUAACUCCAGUAAAACUGUCACGCCGAGAGCUACGUCAUAUUCCUCCCUCUGAAUUAUCUUUGAGACGCUCGAGCCUUGGAGGUGGUGUCGGUUUUAUUGCUCCAGAUUCCAUUGAAAUGGACAAAAAGUCUAGUGUCACUAAGACAUAGUUACUCUUCGUUGCAUUUUUACUAGCUGUUGCUACUGAAGCAACUGUAUUAGAUUUCUUUGUUCAUGGUCUUAAGUAUCAACCGUGGAUAAAUGAGUAAGUGUUCUUUAGUUCUUACUGCUCACCAUCGAGUCGUUAGGUGUUACGCUCACACAGUUUCAUUGAAUCUGAGAUGAAUUUUAACUGACACAGUAUCUAAGAACUGUCAUUCAAAGGCCUUUGAACAUUGAAGAAAUUAUUUAUAUUGGUUUGGUUUUUUGCAGUAACUUCAAAAAAUAUAAAUGUUUUUCAAAAAUUGUACUGUAAAGUGCACUGCACUUGCAUAACUUAGGUUUCCUUGAACAAUAUUGUACUUUGCUUUCUUGGGUAGAAACAGUAACAAACUAUUUAAUUUAUUUGGAUAUACAGCUAGAAAAUUUAGUUGUCAGUUGUCACCUACUAUUGAUAAUGACUGGCUGCUGUAGAUUUUUUUAUCUAAAAACAUUUUAUAUGAACCAUGUUUGAGAUAAAAAUUGGUACGUAAAGAUAAAUUUGUUCCUGAAAACGUAAAAUACUUACUUUUCUUUUUUCUUCUUUACAGCUUAUUUAUGAAAUUAAGAGAAUUGCUUAUUUUGCUUUCUGUUUUUGUUUGUUGGGGAUUUAAAGAAUUGCACUUGGCAACUCAAAGUGUGAUAUUUAUUUCUGUACUACCAAAAUGGAAAGAAAAAAAGAGGACCAAAUUCAGCAUACUUUAGGUAAGCCAGAUGGACCAAUAUAUUAUUUUAUUUGUACUACUUAGUCAUGUCCUUUCACAGACAACUUAUUCUUCUGGAUUCCAUAUCUGCUUGAGACCAAGGACUACACAUAUCCUUCAGUUUACUGUUAUACUGUUGUUGGUAAUGCAUUCAGGAUGAAAAGCAAAUCUUUUUUGUAAGAGGACAGUGGUCACUGAGAAGGCAUACACUUAACAGCUGCACAAACCUGAAGGCAGAGACCAGCAUGUCCGCAUUUAAAUGAGACCAACAUUUCUAAGUAUAACUCUCUCCUACAUGAGAAGUGGCAGUAUGGAAAGUAAGGUUAGCUUUCUUUUAGUGGUGGACAUCAGCCAGUCGUGUUUGAAAAUGUUGUCUUAGAUUAUCAAUGUACCUAGGAAAUCUUGCUUUCUGCUAUUAUCUAGGCAAGGUCUUAUGUAUAGCAUGUAUGGGUAUAAGUAUAAAAGAACUGCAUUUUUCCAUGCUGCAAACACAGUUGAAAUCUGUCCACAUGACAAAGAUGCUAUUAUAUUACAGCAUGAUAAAUGGACCUAUUGUCUUGUGGCACAUUUUAAAAUUUGCUGUGUAGACUGCAAAAUAUUUCAUUCUAAUCAGAUAGAUAAACCACUUAACAUGUCAAAUGAUUGUAUCUUUCACAAUUAUACCUAAUUACUACCUAUUAUUCAGCUGAAUUCUGAGAAAAGGAUUGGGGUCUUUCUUUAUGGCUUUUGGUUGGGCUUGAUUGUUUUUACUGUUGUGGAAGUACUGUGCCUUAAGUUUAAUACUAGUGUAUAUAUCAUUCACUUAAUGUUUCUAGUCAAAAAAACAAUAAACAGAAAUAUGUAAAUAUAGUUUCAAAUGUGCACUUACUUACUACAUCUCGGUAUUAAAUGAAGGAAUUGUUGAAGGCAUUUCUUCUCAAGAUAAUACUGUGCAUUAUCACACGCCUGAUAUUACUCUAUAAAUAAACAUUAAUUCCUCUUCUUUUGAAGUUUCCACAAAUGAAAAGCCUGUUCUUUAUGGGUGCAAAAUAAGCAAGGAAAAAUGCAGGAAAGUACAACUCAAUCACUAGUAGAUGUCAGCUCGUGCGCUGCACGUUUCUGUAGCUGUGACACUGCAGAUUAAGUAGUCAUUCAAACAUUAGAUUCUGUAAGCCACACACACCCAUUUCAAGACUACAACGCACAAGGUAACUACAGUGUCACCUAAUGGUAGAUAAAUACAUCAGAUACACUAGUGAUCUUCGGAGAAGUGGAAGAAUUGUUGACCAUGAGAGGGACCAAACAUAAGAGAGGCCAGUAAGGCAGUCAUAUAGGGAAGAGAAAAGUAAGCAGUGAUUUAUGUUCUUAUUUAUGUAUAAAGCUAACAAAUAAAACAGUUUUACCUCUUGCAGACAAUAUGUAGCUCCUCUUAUUUCUGCUAAUUAAAACCAAGACUUUAU